AUGGAGGGGGAGUGGGAGGCGGAUGUGGCGGUGCCGAGCGUAAACCCUGCCGCCGCUGGCAGCCUGCGGCGGCACAUAAAGAAGAGGGCCCUGAAGAACAAGGCACUUUCCGUCAGCUUCAACGAGAAGGAUCUGAAGUGCGUCUUCCCUGCUUGCUCGUUACGUCCUCGUCGGUGUUAUUAUCUUCGUUUCGCGCUGUGUUUCUCUCUGUCGAUGAAUCUUCGGCUUGCGCCUUAGUAGCAUGGUUCUUCUGUGAUUUCCUUACGCCUAGGGAUUACGUUACUGGAUUCCAUAAGCGGAAGAAGAAGAGGAGAAAGAUUGCGCAGAGGCAAAUCGAAGAGAAGGAGCGUCUGAGGCGUAUUGAAGUCCGCAGAAAGGUAGUCUUUCUCGGUCUCGUGAUUAUUGAGGACUUUGAUUUGUUUUUUUCUCAAUGAGACAAUGUUUUCUGCCAUCACGGACAAGUUGCAUCCCACGAUGUUUUGAGGCUUGUGCUCGUAUUGGCUCUUUUGGCGGUAGUUGACCAGAUGAAGUCGCAUAUUCGUCCGUGAAGCUAGCCUCAGUGCUCCCAUGUGUUCUUCAUCAAUGAAUCUAUGGAUGCCACUGCCUCAUUGCUUCAUCCUAAUCAAAUCAUUUAAUUGUUGCCGAUUUGACUCGUGGCUUUUGGAAGGCCCCUACCCGCGGAAAUUCAGCUCCAUGACUGAUCAAUGAGCCGUGAAUUGUGCUAAAAGAUUCUCUGAAAUUUUUGAACUUUCAAAGCCCCCCUUCAGCAUUGGCUGACGUUAGCAAAACUCUUUUGACCAGUUUUCAUCUCCCCCUUCAUCAUUUUUCGGUGAUUUACCUUGUAGAUAAUGUAGUACUUGUUUUAUAUUUUCGAGUAUUCAACUAAAGCCAAUAAACCAACGGAGAUUGCCUUCUAUUUUUAGAACAGGAUGGAACCAUCAAGUUCUCAAGGGUUUUCCUAUGUCCGGGGUUUUUUCUAUAAAUCUUAGAAGGCAAUAUUUCCAUGGAAUAUUUGGAAGGCAUGUUGAAAAUAGGGUCAAAUUUUCUCGUGCGAUUAUCUUCAUGGAAAUAGGGUCAAAUUUUUGUGGGUUGAGUUGACAUAGAAUAAGGUCUCCCCUUCCAUUUUCCCAUGGGUAGAUGCCUCGGGGCCCCAUGUUCCACAUCAUUCUGUGCUCUAAUGUGUGAAGCCUCCAUUUUCUUUUGAAGAGGAUGGUCUUUGUGUUUACCGAGUUCACCUCAUGGUUGGUUGAACUCAAGAGACCGACGAAAGAAAUCCGUGAAUAAAGAAACCCAAUAUAGUUAUUUUUAUCGAUUGAAAGUGUGCAUGGUUUCUAGCCUUCAAGAUCAAGGUUUGUCUUGAUAAGAAGGAAAAGCUGAACUACCAAGAUUAAUUUUCUUUCCCCGGAUUAAUAUGAUGAGUGGCACGAGUUCUGUCCGUUUCAUGGCAACUAUCUCGCCAUUGAUAGUUGUAAAAUUGUUGCAGAGGAAGCUAGAAAGAGAAACUGCUAUGUAUGGUGGGGCAUUACCGGCGGGAGAAUCUGAAAAGACCGAUUCGGGAGCUGAAGAAGACGGGGGUGACCUUGAACAAGAUGAUCUCGAGAGAACUCAAUCAGUUUCAGGUAUAGACUGGACUGCGAAUUGAAAUGGCGUACCUGGGCUCUACAGCUAUCAGACAUCCUAACACCAGUUUGAGAUCAUUGAUCCUUCUUUUUCCUUCUCAACUGCCGACGAGAAGUGGGACAUUAGACUACUCUUUGGAAAACUGACGAGUUUUCUCCUCAUUCCAGCAUAGUAUCUUUCUGCUAGAUUAGCAUACUCUCGUUUCAUCUGCAGGUUGGCUUCGAACUAUAUGUUUAUCCCCUGUUCUCUUUAUAGCAUUUUGUGCUAGGUUCAUAUUCAGACUCGGGCUGGUUAAUACUGAUAUUCAUGGAUAUUCAAAGGAAAUAACAAAAGAUUAGUAAUACCCAAUCGACGACUUUGGCGUCGAAUGAAUGACAUUUCUGUCCCGUCUCCCUUUAGCAAUUUAUGGAUUUCAUUUUCUCCCUUAAAAAAUGAAUCGUUUUUUUUUUUUUUGAAUUUUCAAGUCCCUCCAAAACACGGAAUAUCAGUCACUCUAGGGAGCUAUCUAUAUAAUCCAGUAAUUAUGAAGCAAUUCAAAACACUCAAACCAAAAGUGUCAUCUUUUCUUCUUCUUUUUUUCUUAAUUUUCUGUUAUCAUCCUCUUGUAUUCAUGUGACUGAUAGCUCCUCUUUGUCUUGAUUAUUGGUGAAGGGACCAAGAUGUAUGAAAACAGUGAACUGACGAUAACAGUGACAACCAGUGAGUUCUCACGAGGAGAAGAUACAGAUCUCAGCGAAGGUCAUCCUCACGUUGCUCCCGAGCUGAGCGCUGCGGUCAGAAAGAGCGGCGGCUUGCCACCAAAGAAGAAGCCUCUGAAGAAGGUUGCCAGCCAGAGAUCCCGCAAGAAGAAGCUCAAGAAGUCUGCAAACCAGAGGAAGAAGGGGAGUAAGAAGGGGAGUAGGAGAUAG